UUCAGGAGACGCGGGGGUUGGGGUCCACGCAUUGUCUUCAGGUUUCUUCUUCUCCGUGUUUGACCCCCACUCCCUCGUGUGCGCGUGUUAGUGAGGGUUUCGUGGAGUUCCUCUUUGUUUUACUCGCGUUCCUCCCAGGACUCUGUUGUGAGGGUGUUUUCAUGAGACUUGAGGAAGGUUUUAGGCCCGCGCUGGUCGCAGAAGGGAAGGAUUUCAUUCAGCUCAACAUGGGCUCAGUUUUACACCAGGACUAUCAAGGAGGCUGUACGAAAGCAGAGGAGGAGGAGGGGCAGGCGGCGGAGGAAGACCCCCAGUCCUACCACGGCGUGGGUGUGUGCAAGUGGUUCAAUGUUCGCAUGGGUUUCGGAUUCCUGUCCAUGAGCACAAGAGAUGGUGUGCCUUUAGAAACUCCAGUCGACGUUUUUGUUCAUCAGAGUAAACUGCACAUGGAGGGUUUCCGCAGUCUGAAGGAGGGAGAGGCUGUUGAAUUCACGUUCAAGAAGUCCUCCAAGGGUCUGGAGUCUCUGCGGGUGACGGGUCCUGGAGGAGCUCACUGUCUGGGCAGUGAGAGGAGACCCAAAGGCAAGAGUGUCCAGAAACGGCGGGCCAAAGGAGACAGGUGUUAUAAUUGUGGUGGUCUGGACCACCAUGCCAAAGAGUGCAAGUUGCCUCCCCAACCCAAAAGAUGCCAUUUCUGCCAAAGUGUUGCGCACAUGGUCGCCAACUGCCCCGCCAAAACCCAGCAGUCAUCUCCGGGGUCUCAGGAAAAGUCUAGUGGUGUCAAAGAAGAGAAAGCGGAGCACAGUCAUUCCCCACCACCCACCGACUGAGACAGCAGAGGACGGUGGGGCCACGCUUGAAAACCAAUCAUAUCACUAUACUGAAAAAAAAAAAAACAGAAACAAAUGCUAAUGCUGCUGUUGGAACUCCCUCAGGUCUAUAAAAGCAACAGAUGAGAGGAAUGUAACUUUUUUUAUUGGUUUAAGACUCAGGAAUAGAGCUGCUCUCAGGAAUUUCAGUACAAUGUUUGGUGUACAGAAGUAGUUAUCUCAUAUCUCACUAAGGGGACGCUUACACGACAAUGAUGGACUAAAAAUGGAAAUGUUUUCCUUUGCUUUUUUUUAUGUUGUGAAUUCAAACGUUGUCAAAAUGAUCCCCGUUUAUACUAAUCCAGGUAAAAGACUGAAAAUGCUGUAUUAUAUAUGCCAGGCCAGUAGUUGGCAAUGUCACUUUGUACAGAAACACUAUGCACACAUGCAUUCUUACAUUCUCACGCAUUCCUACAGAUCGAACAUGUUAUAAAAUUUC